UAAACACCUCGACUUUACACCAUGCUAAGCACCUACCGUCAACUUUUGAGAGAGAUUAGAACACAGUAUACCAAGGUCGCCAAUCAUGCUUCUUUCGAACAUGAUCUCAAAGUAGCUUUCAGGGACAGUCGCCAAAUCACAGAUGAAGUUCGCCUGGCUGACAUGAAGGAAAAUGCAGAGAACAUUCUUCUCUUUUUGAAGAGCACUAGACAGCACAAGGAAUUAUUGGAGCGAUACAAUCCUGCUUUGAUGGAUCAGAGCAAGCGAAUAGAACUUUCGGCCCAUCGAGUAGGUCUCAACUUACCUAAACAGUACAACCCAGCAAACCCUGGACCAUUGGAAUUUCCUCGUAUGCAACCUCAGGAGGCAGCUGUUCAGGAACGAGUCGGAAAGGCGUUUGGAAAUGUUGCUACUGAAGAUACGGAAGCAAAGGUCUAUUGAUGUAAUUGAGAAGAAGAAGAAAAAGUAUAUGUAAAUAUUUGAUUAAAAGCGGAUAAGCGGCACCCCCACCCUCACUUGCCAAAUAAAAUUGCUAUAGAAUAAAAGUGACAAAGAAAGAAAUGUAUUCGUAUAAAGU